AUGGACAGAUGUGCAGCGCUCCUGAGGAUCGAGACGCAGGAACUUGCCUCCUUGAGCGAGGCCCAAAGCACCGCCGUCACGCACAACGCACAGGAGCUCUACGUGGCGAUGGUGCAACUGGCCAACCACCUUCACCAGGUCACCCACGACCUCCACCACCACCACCAGCGAUACUGCCGUCUCGGCAAGGCCACCACCAGCUGCUCAGCAGCUUUGGCCCUGACCAAGAAGAAGAAGAUCGAGAAGAAGAAGAGCAGUGCCAAGAGCUGCGAGCACUGCAGCCGGACGUCGUCUUCUGCCUGGCGCCGAGGCCCCGACUACUGCCUGUACGCGUGGAAGAACACCAAACGCUCCAUGAGCGUGCAGGCCCUUCUCAACUGA